CACAAAUUCGCCCAUAUGUAAUUGUUUAAUUGUGGUGUCGCAUAAUAUUCUCUACUGUAAAUUAGAGUGUCUCUGUGUAACGAAAUGUAUCUUGCUAUUUAUUCCACAGCCAUGAUGGAGGAAGACGCAUGGAUCAGGCACUGAAGGGACCAAUCAGAUGUGUGUUUUGUGAAGACGAAGUGGCCACAGAGACGUUCUUUCCAUGUAAACAUCUUUCGCUGUGUAAGAAAUGCUGUCCCCCAAAGAUACCUAAACGAUGCCCUAUGUGUAGACAGAAUAUAACGAGCAAAAAUAGUUUGGUUGGUCCAAAUUCGUCAAAGAUGGAAGUCCAGAUGGUGGCAGGACCAGUUGUGUUCCAAAGUUUGAGGACAAAGGAGUUCAUCAGAUGCACAGUUAUUAGGGGCUACAUCCAAGCAAGGUGGUGAGUAUAAAAUAACAGUUCCCAAUUGAUUUCUAUAAAGUUUACU